AAGUUUGUUUCGCUGUCAAAUUCGUGAAGAAAAAAAACGCAAAAAGUGUCAUUCUUCGCGAAAAGAAAGAAAAGUAGGAAAUUGUUUACCAGUGAAAUUUUCUUCAAAUCGUUGUUAUCCGUAUUUAGAGGUAUUUAGUUGGUAUUUCCGUGUGUCUACUCAAAAACCCGACAUUUCGCGGUUGUGGUCACAAUUCUGCUGAGCAAUUCGAAACGCUGGGAGGAUCGUUCCGCCCAAGCUCAGCGCGAUGGCAUCCAUCAACGACCUCCCGAACGAAAUCCUGGAGUUCAUCUUCGGCUUGAUUCCGCCCUACCAGGAUCUGGAGCAAUGCGCUGCCGUUUGCAAACGGUGGGCCUCCCUGGCCAUGAACGUUCAAAUGAGGAAGCGAGCAACGCUUCAGAAGGGCCUACUGGAUUUCAAUCUCUGCUGGCGGCAGGAAGGAUUGCAUAGUCAAACUCCGAGCAUUGCAGCCCGGUUUGCCCACGCUUGUUCGCUGCACCGGAACUCGAUGUACGUGUUUGGAGGUGCAUCGAGUUACGAUACGACCUUCAACGAUUUGUGGCGGUUCGAUUUGAGUCGCCGGGAGUGGACACGACCGAUUUCAAUGGGAACCUAUCCUUCUCCGAAGGCCGGUGCAUCGCUGGUCUGCUACAGAGGAUCGCUGGUUUUGUUCGGCGGAUGGAGACACUCUUAUGCCCCGUUUCAGCUGUGCACGCUGUUCGACGAGUUGCAUGUGUACAAUAUUGCGGACAACAGGUGGACCAUUCAUGUUCUAGCCUUCGGACCUCCACCGAUGACCGGUCAUUCCGCCACGGUGCACCGCAACAAAAUGAUCGUGUUCGGCGGUUUCCAAAAAACGAUGGAAAACCUGGGUACUUCGAACGACAUCUGGGUGCUGGAUUUGGAGAAGCUCGUUUGGAAAAGGCCUACAGUUUCAGAUGUUAAGCCACCGGCUCGAUAUGGCCAAUUUCAGAUGGCUGUUGGAGAGGAUCACAUAUUAAUAUUGGGAGGCACUGGAGGCGUCAAUAGGAUAUUCAAUGACGCAUGGCUUUUGGAUAUGACAAACGAUGUGUGGCGCUGGAAAAACGUUGAAAUUCGGAACAAACGAGGAACUGUGACACACAAUUGGAGCUACCCGGCUUGUAAUGUAGGAUCCAAGAUAAUUGUUCUUGGACCAACCUCACCAAAUGAUUUCCAAAUUGUGCGUCAACACAGACCAACGAAUCAAGGAUUGCAUCCACCAAACCUCGGUCGACCUCGUCCUGCCAAUCCAGGUGAACGUCAGCGACCAGCAGAGCCGAAUAUACCCCCAAGACAAAACCCAGUAAGGCCACCAUUACCUCCACCACCGCCUGCUCCUGUGGUACCAAUGAUUCCUGCUGUUCCACCACAAAACAGUCCUUCACGUGAUCCCGAACCUAGACCAGGCCCUUCUAGAGUCCCCUCACCAAACUCCUCCGCAGCACCUGUCGCUGGACCUUCCAGAGCUGUUCCUGCCAUUCGAAGUCCACUCUAUCGACAUCAACAGGACGACGAUCGCAUGCUACCGAAACGUUUCAACGAGGCUCCCUCUGAACACGGUCAUAUGGCUAUGGCCGCCUUUAGCGUUCCCCCAAGCAAUCCCCCACCGGUGCACGCCUCUCGCGAACGCCAACUCGAGCGUCUUCGCAAAAUGGAAGAGAAAAUUUCUGCCAUGCGAAGGGAACAAAGAGUACAGCAGGAGCAAGCUGUGGCCGCUGCCGCUGCGGCUGCCAUUGUGCGAAACGAUGUAUCGCCUGCCUUGGAAGUGGCCCCAAUUACACCGAAACGUAUCAAACGCAAUGGCCUAGCAAUCUACGUUUGUGAUAUAUCCCAACUGCUUGCCAAGGACCCGUCCAUUGAAUGGCAAGAAACGAAAAAUAGUGGCCUGAUUGCCGGAGCACCCGAUCAUUUCACUUUCUCGACGAUGGUCAGCGGAAAUGGGGAGCUGAUCGUGUUUGGUGGUAUCAACAAGAACCCCAAGUCGGAAAGUUCCAGCGUUACCAACUCGAUUCACUUCCUCACGGUUCCGACAACGGUUGUUUGAACUGCAGAUUGUUGCUUGCUUCGCUUCAUUUACAGUUUUAAGCUAGUUUCUUAUAACAAACUAAUGAAAUCUAUUAUAUUGUAUUAUAUAAUUAUGAUAGAAUAUUAUCGCUUUUAGCGUCAUUUCGAUAAGCUGCUUAGAAUAAAAACACUUUUCUCUCUUCGUUCAUUUUUGAAGUUCAA